AUGCCGCUCGACAAACUCUCCCCGCCCAUCCACUCCCUUCCCCAUCUCCUCCUAUACUCCCUCCUCCUCAUCCCGAUCUAUCACUUUCUCCUCGCGCUCUACAACCUCUUCCUCCAUCCUCUACGCUCCUACCCAGGCCCCCUCCUCUCCCGCGCCUCCGCCCUCCCGCACGCCCUCCGCCUCCUCUCGGACCACGGCCCCGUCAUGGUGCACGCCCUGCACGAAAAGUACGGCCCCGUCGUGCGCGUCGGGCCAAAUCAUCUGACGUAUACCGACCUGCGCGCCUGGAAGGAUAUCUAUCAUGUCCGCCAUGCACACGGCCACCGAAAUGAUGGCGGUUCUGGUGGUGAUGUGCGCGAGAACGGCAAGAGCUGGCUCUUUUAUCGCGAAUCGGUCAUGGAACGGCCAGAUGGUGAGGAGCCGGUGAGUUUGCUGGAUGCGGAUUGGGAGGAGCAUUCGCGGUUGCGGAGGGCGUUGGCGGGCGGGUUUAGCGAGAAGGCUAUGAGAGAGCAAGAGGUGGUUAUUCAGGGGUAUGUGGAUUUGUUGGUCCGGGGGCUACGGGGUAGGAUGGAGAGAGGGGAAGCGGUGGAUCUUGUCCAGUGGUAUAACUGGACGACGUUUGAUGUGAUCGGGGAUCUGGUGUUUGCCGAGUCGUUUGGGUGUCUCGAGGGUGAGAUGGGGCAUCCGUUUAUCAGCAUGGUAACUGGGUUUGUAAGGCAGCAGGCGGCACUGUUGGCGGUUAAAUACGCGGGACUGUCGCGGUGGCGGGUGGUUAAGAGCGUUCUGCGCUGGGCUAUCAAGCGCAUGGCCGGCGACAAAGCCCAGACGUUGCAUGAGAUUAUGUGGGCUAAGCUGAAGCGGAGGUUGGACAUGAAGGAGGAGCGGACGGAUCUGUUUGAGGGCCUGAUGAGCAAGAGGAAGGAAUGGAACCUCAGCAUCGCCCGCCUGCAGGCCAACGCGACCGUCAUCGCCGCCGCAGGGUCGGAAACGACCGCAGCACUCCUGUCGGCCGUCACAUGGUUCCUCCUUAUCCACCCCGAGGUGAUCGACAAGCUCCAGCACGAGGUGCGGUCCUCAUUCAACAGCGUCUCAGACAUCACCAUCGGCUCGGUCGGCCGGUUGCCCUACCUGUUGGCCUGCCUCAACGAGGCACUGCGCCGGUUCCCGCCCGCGGUUGGCAAUCUUCCCCGGCAAGUGCACGAGGGCGGCGAGGUGAUUGCCGGACGCUACGUUCCGGAGAACACAAUGGUUGAGGUUCAGUUUUACGCCAUGAAUCACAGCUCCCAGCACUGGCAUGAUGCGCUCGCUUACCGUCCGGAGCGGUGGCUGAACAAGGUCGUCAGAGAUAUCGGAGAGGUGGCCGAUCAUAGCGGGGAGAAGGGCGUUAACGAGGACCGUCUCGAAGUCAUGCAGCCGUUUAGUGUCGGCCCGAGACACUGCAUUGGUAGAAACCUCGCGUACGCCGAAAUGAGACUCAUCCUCGCACGCAUCAUCUUCGAGUUCGACAUGACACUUGCAGACCAAAGCAAGAACUGGCUCGAGAAUUGCAAGCCUUACACAGUAUGGGAGAAAGCGCCGCUUAUCGUUCAGUUGGCGCCGGUCAAGCGAGGCUAG